GGAACCGCCUAGUCUGGUGUGUUCUUAGUCAUCUGACUAUUUUAUGAAUGGCUUUUCAUGACUCAUUAAGGUUCUGUGGAAUGAGGUUGUAGCCUUAGGCACAGUGAGGUUAAGUCAUGGAUCUGGUUAUUUCCGUGUUCACGAACUACCAGGUGCACCAUUUGGUGCAUCUGUGAAGGACAGCACCGUUCUGGUAACUCCAAAAGCGCAGGGAGGAGGUUCGCUUCGCAUAGAAGAUUUAUGUGUCAAUGGAGAUCCUCUCGACAUUCCUGUGAAGAUCACCGACAUUCACUCACUUGUCAUCUAUGGACCGCAAUUUAUGGAAGUUGGAUCUGAAGCUGAGGUUUCCGUUGACGCGGUCGAUGAGGCUGGAAGCUCGUUCUCUCGAGACCAUGGUGCACUUUCCAACGCUGUUAUCCAGUCCGCUGAUCCUGCAGUACAUAUUACCAAGAUUUCUGGUUCACGUCAUCGUAUUAGAGCCCUUUCCGUGGGUGCGGUUUCAUUGACAGCAUCAGCGAAAUCAACUUCUGGAAAAAUUCUGAAUUCUCGUCCACAUACAAUUCAAGUAUUUUCGUCGUUCACACUUCAUCCUCAGAAGAUCACGCUUAUCCCAGAAAGUACUUUCCAAUUAGAAGUGAUUGGAGGCCCACAGCCUACCCCACAAAUCGAAUUUACUCUCAACAAUUCCAAAAUUGCCACAGUUGAACCGAAUGCACUAAUUACCUCUAAGAAGUUGGGGUAUACAUCAAUCACCGGUACUGUUAACGUCGGUGGGGAACACUCAUCACAGAAUACUGUGGUGCUCCACGUGGUCUCAUUGGCUGGAGUCCGAGCUGUGGCCAGCUCUCACAUGACUGAGAGGGGAGGGCGCAUUUGGGUUAGAGUAAAUGGUUUGGAUGAAGACGAGUCACCUUUCGCAUUUGGUGGAGCUUUAUAUCCAUUCAAGGUUAUCUGGACCGUGAGCCAUCCAGGAGUGUUACAAGCAAUUCAUCCGUUUGGUUCGUUUAUGUCAGAAACUGAUGAAAAUCACUUCGCUAUAUGGUUAGAAGGAGGAACUGCUGGCUCAGCUACUGUAAAAGUACGUGUGGAGCUUUCCCCAAAUGCUAAGGAACAUUUUAUUGGCUCAAAACGCGUGUUUGAAGACACAGUGGUGAUACGAGUGGAAGAACCGUUGUCAUUGAAACAACCAAACUUACCAGUGCCUGUCGUUAGAUUAGCCCAGAACAGCGACUUGCAGCUUGAGACGACCUGAUUUGUGGAUUUAGGCCCCAAUCUGCUGUGGAAUAUUCUGUUCCUCCUGAGUAUGCUAAUCGUCUGUCCAUCACCAAAUCAGGUCUUGCUCGCGCGAAAACUGGCGUUGGACAUGCAGCCGUAA